GCUAUUAUCGCUACGCGAAAAUUCAUCGUUUCACUUGAUUUUAGACUCUUUAAAGCAGUCAUCAUUCCACUUGAUUAACGAAUACGCACAUCAUAUCAACCAGAGUUAUAAGCUCCUUUACUUAUCGUAUGAAACAGCCAAUAGACCUCCUUGUGCAACCGAGUUUAUUGAUUGUGCCAGUAAAGAAACCAAUGAUGUCCUAAUGUCUAUCAAAUCCCAUACAAAGAAUAUUUCACCAAGCUCAAAAUUGGUAGUAGUCAUUGACUCAUUGAAUUACAUUCCUAAUGAGAAUUUAACUCACUAUAUUGCUAAUAUUGUUGGUCCAAACGUGGUGCUCAUAGCUACAUACCACACGAACUGCGUGGAACCAUUUGUGAAACACACCAACUACCCAUCCAGUCUCUCAUUGCUUACGUACAUCGCCAGCACCAUUUUUGAAGUCGAACCUUUAUUGAAUUCAUCAACCGACAACGAGAGUUUGGGAAGUGCUGUUCUACGAUUGAACUUCCCCGUACAUGCACAAUUGAAUAGCGAUACCUUCAGGCUCAAUCUUACAAACAGAAGGAAGUCUGGCAGAUCAAUCAUUUACAAAUUCACUAUCGACAGCAAGAGUCACGCCUACGAGGUUGCAAACAGUAACACUGAGGCAAAGGACGAAGACGAAGAGGAGAUGUUGAAGAAUUUGACCACGUUUAACUUGGCCACAAGUAGCAAACAGAAGUUGGCCAGAGAACAAGUUGAGCUACCUUUCAUGCAAGCUCAGGAAACACUUGGUUCGGCUGGAGGAGCUAUUGUCUACGAAUUCGAAAAAGACGAUGAUUAUGAUGAAGAAGAUCCAUAUGAGGAUCCUUUUUAG